UGAGCCGACGAGCAAGAACGUAAAUUCGUACAAGUGCAAUUACAUCACCAGCCGGUUCCCGGACCCAACUUCACGCCACUGCCACCCGCAAGCCCCGAUCCAAACCAACAACCGGCAAAUUUAUACCGAAUCCGCAAGCGUGUUGUCCCUCUUUGCUUCCUUCUGCAAACCGUCGUUCGUUGCCAAAAACUCGUCGUAAAACUAGUGCCAACCCGCGAAGCAAGCGGUCGUCACAAAAAAAAUGUCCCAAAUAUUUUAACCGUGUGUCCCGGAAAAAAAGAGCUACACCACAAGAACGAAUGCAGACGAUCGUAACUGAACCGACGUCAAGAGACCAAAAGUCCGCGAAAAGCGACGCAAAAAGAUGAACGAGUCGCAGACGAAAAUAUCACCGGUCGUUUGUUGAUGAUAACUUUUUUUCCAAACGCUUUCCCCCUUCGACGAUUCCGUGCUGCAUUUUUCCUACGCCACGGGAGUGGCCAGCACCGGGCAAGCUGUGUUUGCAGCGCGCAAUUUUCUACGCGCAUCGGGAAACGCGUUUUCCCUCGGCCAGUGUGCUAUUCUUGCGCAUUUUCGCGGCAGACGAAUUUGGCUGAUUUUUUUUUUCAUUUCAGUUUGUUUGAUCCUGCCGUGUAUUCGUGUGUAUUACGAAAAUCGUAAUCGCAUGAAAUUGUUCGUGUGAAAUACCAGAUGGCAUUUUCAGUGGCCAGUCGUGCACCGUCUUCCGGCGAAGGAAAAUCGUGAGAGUUUCCGUGUGAGUUUUCCAAAGUGUGGCUUUUAACCGCCCGGCUAAAAUAGAAGAACGAAUUUGUGUAAAGGAAAGCAAAGUGACCUUUGAAGCUAGAAGAAAAAUUAACGGUCAUCAAAACUGAAGUUCAUUGAAUCGUUGGAAGACCCACAUCAAAGAAGGCCUACAGUGCGCUCGGUCGGCCGCGAUAUCAAUUCCUGACGCUGCCAUUUCCUCCGCGAUGGUGGUAGUAAUUCUUCGUACAUAAUCAACCACGAUUCAAUUAAUCGACCGCGAAUAUACUGCAGCGGGUGGUGGUGGCGGUGGCGGUCGAUAGCAGCACAACAACACAACACGCGAGUGGCGUGCCGCCAUUUCCCCGUUAAUCGACGGUCGCCGUGGCGCGGAGUCCCGAUCUUCAUCGUCGUCAGUUCGCUGUCAGCGGCCAUACCGUACGCAGGCAUGCACUGGUCCGUCAAUCGGCGCAGUCUGAAAAGGUGAUUACGAUUAGCGCAGUGUUUCGCUUCCAUUGUGGUUUUUUAUCCCCUGCUAGGCUUUACUUCGCUCGCGUGUGUGUGCUGUGGUUUGCGUGGGUUUUGUGCGAGUGCAUCUUCAAGAAGCGGCUGCUGCGAUUGUUCAGUUAGCGAACAAAAUUACGCCAUGUUGACACUCUGGCGUCCCCAAGACGACGACUUUGAGGGUUAGCGAAAAAAUAUCCGCGAUAGUGUAUCAAUCCCCGGUGGAACCAAUUGAUCCAUUUUAUGCGUGUUCAUCGUCAGCGUGACUCAUCUGAAUGUUCUCCUCGCAGUUGUAGGCAAGGGCGCAAGUAAGGGAAAAGGUUUACUGUGCAUCGCAAAGAGUAAACCAUAAAAAAAUAAAACCCCUCCCCCGUGCAAAAAAGGGGGAGAACGUGGGUGAAGGGCCCAUUCCUUUGUUUACACAACGAAACGCUGCGGAUAAACGGAUCGCGUAUCGCUUGACGUUUCCCAUUCGCGCUUCUGUCACACGAUCGUGCAAGAUCGAGUAAUAUCAAAAAUAAACCUCCCUUUAUUGUUCUGCCGCCAAUUUGUGGGUGAUAAGUUUCUGCUGGACGAAACGAGUGUUGUUUUGCGUGGUUGAUUGUGCUUUCUCAGGCAAAGCGUUCCUCUUCCCUAAACACUAAAUCCCCAUCCUCAUCGGCCCAUCGUAAGCACACGGGAACACGAUCCUUGCCGGAACAAAGGAAAGUUGAACCCGUUUAAGGCGGAGCAAGGGCGUGAACGUCUGCUGAACGGAUUGUGUUCCUCCACCGAAGAACCGACCAACUAACCUACCAACCCUCCACCAUGGUUCUGUUCGAUCUCGAUCGCAUCAUUACCGACUUCUUCAAGGCCACCGUCCUGCCCGGGAUCGUGGUCGGGCUCUGGUUGACCGAUUUAAUCGGCCUGUUGACGUGCAAGAUCUUGGUCCUGGUGAUACUGAUCGUGUUUGUCAUUCUCCCGAUUAUCUUCAAGUAUUCCUUUUCACUGCAGAAGGGCAUUCUGUUUCUCACGUUCAUAACAUACCCACCCAACUUGGACCUCAAGCGACCGGAAAAGAGUGGUCUGUACGCUACGCGCAACUUCUACAUCAACUACCGCGAUCAGGAGGAAGACAUCGACGUGGACAUUGCCGUAUGGCACGUGCUACCGAACGAUCUGGUGCGGCGCUACGCCCGCGAGCUUCAAGUCGACGAGGCAACAAUCUCCAACAGUACAAUACCAUCGAUCGAGGGUAGUGUCGGCGGAAACCGUGGAGGCAGCAUCUUACCACCCGAAGGACAUGCCGACGAUCGAUACCGGCAGAUCGACCGGAUACUGCACGCCGACGGUUUCUCUCCCUCGGACGAAACGCACCAGCGUCAACUUUUCGAAGAGUGCCUCCGUGCGACCACGAACGAUGUGGUCCUGUACCUGCACGGCAACACGGCGUCCCGUGGGGCACCGCAUCGGGUCGAACUGUAUCGGAUGCUACGGUCCCUCAACUAUCACGUGAUCUCGAUGGAUUACCGCGGGUACGGUGACUCGGCCAACCUUUCCCCGACCGAGCGGGGCGUAGUGUACGAUGCACUCGCGGUCUACCAGUACAUCACGAGCAUUACACGCAAUCCCGUCUACCUGUGGGGCCAUUCGCUUGGCACCGGUGUCUCCACGCAUCUGCUGUCGUUGCUGACCGAGAUGAGUCUCCCGGGGCCGCGGGCUCUCGUGCUCGAGAGUCCAUUUAAUAACAUUAAAGAGGAGAUCAUUGCCCAUCCGUUCUCGAAGCUGUAUCGCCAUCUGCCAUGGUUUGAUUAUCUGAUCUCGAAACCGAUGUACGCCAACAAGCUGCGCUUCGAAUCCGACCAGCACAUUGCCGAGUUCCGGCAGCCGGUGAUGAUCCUGCACGCCGAGGACGAUCUCGUCGUACCGUUCGAGUUAGGCUACAAGCUCUAUCGGAAGGCACUCGACACCCGCGGCAAAUCGUGGGGCCCGAUCGAGUUCCAUCGGUUCGAGAAGACGAGCCACUACGGGCACAAAUACAUAUGCCGUGCGCCCAACCUGCCUGAGAAGGUGCUGCGCUUUUUCCACGCGUAUCGCUACGAGCAGUACUGAAAGAAAAA